AUGAUGGAUGAACAUAUUUAUGAUGGUCUUGAUGGUGAGAGAGGGAUGACUGACAUAUUGAGGAUAUUGCAUUUGAAAACUUCUAAUUCUGGUUCAAGUUCUGAAGGAGGAAGAGGACCACCAUCACCAGCCAACAAAGCAGUUCAAACUGGAGUUGAACUCGUCAACGACAAGAAUGGAAUACCCCGACUCGUGCUCCGAAACAAUGGAGCUUCUGCAACUGUUAGUUUGUUAGGAGGUCAGGUUAUUUCUUGGAAAACAAAAAGAGCAGAGGAGUUACUCUUCCUAAGCAGCAAAGCAAUAUUUGAUCCUCCCACAGCUGUACGCGGAGGAAUUCCAAUCUGUUUUCCACAAUUUGGGAAUUCGGGAACACUGGAGCGGCAUGGAUUUGCGAGAAACAGGAUCUGGAUUAUUGAAAAUAAUCCUCCACAUCUUGCCGGAGAUUUCACCGAGAAAGUGUAUGUUGAUUUGCUGCUUAAACCAUACGAAGAAGAUGCGAAAAUAUGGCCACACAACUUCGAGUUUCGUUUAAGGAUUUCUUUGGCAGCAGAUGGCAUUCUGAAUUUGACUUCGCGCAUCAGAAACGUGGAUAGCAAGAAUUUCAGUUUCUCCAUUGCCUAUCAUACAUAUUUCUCCGUCUCUGAUAUUAGUGAAGUGAGAGUAGAAGGGUUGGAAACUCAAUAUUACCUGGACAACCUCCUGCAGAGGCAACGUUUUACAGAACAAGGAGGUGCUUUGACAUUUGAAUCAGAGGUUGAUAGGAUCUACAUUGAUUCUAACAAUGUGAUAGCUGUCAUGGAUCACCAAAAGAAGAGAACGUUUGUGAUACGAAAGGAUGCAGGACUUCCGGAUGUUGUUGUUUGGAACCCUUGGGAAAGAAAGUCCAAGUCCAUUGUAGAUUUAGGAGAUGAAGAGUACAAGCAAAUGCUGUGUGUUGAUGGUGCAGCAGUUGAAAACCCAAUCACCCUCAAGCCAGGAGAAGAAUGGACAGGUCGCUUAGAACUGUCACUUCUUCAAUCUUCUUGA